AUGGCAUCCUCAUCACUCUUUCUGAGAUGCCUUACCAUUUUCACUUUCAUAACGAGCAUUACUGCACUCGAGAAGUAUCAGCUAGAAGAAAAAUAUAGUGGGGAUAAUUUCUUCGAUGCGUUUAAUUUCUUUACGGCUCCGGAUCCUACUCAUGGUUUCGUUACGUAUGUUAGUGAGAGUGCUGCUUCACAACAGGGAUUGAUUUCAGUGAGAAGUGAUGGCGUUUAUAUGGGAGUGGAUUUUAAGACGGUGUUGAGUCCUAGUGGAGCUGGGAGAAAUAGUGUUAGGAUUGAGAGUAAGAAGAGUUGGACUCAUGGACUUUUUGUCGCGGAUUUGGGUCAUGUACCUGGUGGUGCUUGUGGAUCAUGGCCGGCUAUGUGGACGGUGGGUGAUAAUUGGCCUUAUAAUGGAGAAAUCGAUAUCAUCGAGGGCGUGAAUCUUCAAAACCACAAUCUCAUGUCUUUACACAGUGGACCAACAUGUUCAGUAGCCGGUUCAGGACAAACCGGCACCCUUCAAAGCGCCAACUGCAACAACUUUGCCAAUCCCGUCGGCGUCGGUUGUGGAAUCAGUGAUCCCCGAACCAACAGCUACGGUACAGGAUUCAACCUCAACGGUGGUGGUAUUUACGCCAUGGAAUGGACCUCAUGCUACAUUCGUGUAUACUUUUUCCCAGCUGGAACAUCACCUGCAGAUAUUAACGGAGCAAACCCUGAUCCGAGUAAAUGGGGAACACCAGUGGCUAAUUUUCAAGGUGAUUGUGAUAUCGAUAGUCAUUUCAGGGAAAAUAGAUUGAUUUUCGAUACGACUUUUUGUGGUGAUUGGGCGAGUGCUGUUUGGUCGAGUGAUGCUACUUGUGGAUCAAAGGCACCAACCUGUGUAGAUUAUGUUGCGGGUAAUCCAGCGGCUUUUGGUGAUCAAUACUGGUUAGUCAAAUCAAUCAGCGUAUAUCAACUUGGCAAUAUCGCUACUCCGGAACCAUCAAGCACUCCAGUUUCAACAUCAGCACCAUCACCAGAACCAGCACCAUCCUCCAGCAUUUCACCAGUGCCACUGCCCUCCCCUGUCAGCUCACAAUCACAAAAUUCUCCUGCGCCAGUCGUCACGCCCUCAACUCCAAUCAAUACACCCACCGCCCAACCUUCAUCUGGAUCCAACGGUAAUUCAGCAACCCAACCAUCAUCUCAGCCUAAUGGCAACCCAGUCGCAGAAAUCAACCCCACUUUCAGCCAACUUUCCGAUUUCACCGGAAACAUCCAAGACUUCGGAGAAGAAAGAACCAACUUCCUCACCAACAUUUUACCCACUCCCCCCGCCCUUCCCAGCGUCUUCCCCGCAGGCGAACUCCUCGGCGUCGGAUCCGGCGUAAUUCCAACUCUCGAUCUCGAUAUUAAUGCGGAGAAUUUUUUGAAUGCGGCGAAAGAGGAACUUAAUGGGCAGUUGCAGGGGUUGAUUAAACAGGCUGUGGGGUGGAGUGGUGAUGAUUAUGGGGCGACGGAGUCGCCUUCGGAUAUGGAUGCCGAUGCGGAUAAUAGGGGUACGGGUACGAGUCGCAUUGUUUCGAAACCGUUUUAUCCUGAUGAGGCGGGGAAUGUGAAUGCGACGGCAGGAUCAGUGGCGAGUCCUAAGCCGGUUUUGAAUUUAGGUAGUGCUGCUGGUGGUGGUGGUAUUGGUGGGGCGAAUGAUGGGAUUGUGGCGUUUGAGGGGGGUGCGAAGGAGCUGGUUUGUGCGGGGUUGUUGGUUUGGAGUGUGGUUUUGUUUGUGGGGGGCUUGAUUAUGAUUUAG